AUGACGGCCGUCGCCUCUGCCGCUCACAUGGCCGGUCAGAUGACCUCGGUGUCCAUGUCCAUUGAACAACAACAAGUGCAACAUCGGCAACGCCAAAAUCUCCAAUCUGAUAUGGACCUGUCAGCCCUACAGCAGGCACCAACAUCAUCAUCAUCAUCAUCAUCAACCACAGCAGCCACCUUUGCCAAGCGGGAUUCCCCGAGUGCCGUCUCGACCCCCGCCACUUCGGCCCCCUCUCCAACCUCAAGCUGUGGCGUCUCCACUCCGGCAUCAUCGACUUCCAUCACUGCAACCACCACCAACCUCACUGGCGUGCCUCCCAUUGCGCCUCGUCCCAGCGUCGCACCCAAACCUGCCCCUAUUAGAGCCGCCUCCGUAUCUAGCCAAGGUGCCAUGUCGCCCGUCGACUGCCCUACUCCUGGGGGAGGAGGUCCUUUGAGCAUGACCACUAAGGAAUGGGUCAUCCCUCCCCGACCAAAGCCUGGACGUAAGCCUGCCACCGACACGCCCCCUACUAAGCGCAAGGCACAGAAUCGCGCUGCUCAGAGAGCUUUCCGCGAGCGCAGGGCCGCCCGCGUCGGCGAGUUGGAGGACCAGCUGGAAGAGCAAAAGGAGGAGCAUGAGCGCGUUGUGAGCGAGCUCCAGGGUCGCAUUAGCCAUUUCGAGGUCCAAGUCCAGACCCUGCAAUCGCGAUGCCGCUGGUUGGAGGACAUGCUGGAGAAGGAGAAGCAAGCUCGCAAUACGCUGAAGAAUUCUUGGGACAACAACAACAUGUCGCCGCAGUCCAUUCUAUCACAACCGUCCAACGGCUAUACUUUACAGCAACAGCAACAACAGCCUACGCAACAGCCACAGCUGGCGCCCAAGGUGGACCCCGUCCCCAUUGCAGAGCCACGACCAACUGCUCAGCCCUUCUCCAUCUCUCAGAUCAUCUCGCCACCCGAGGAAGCUCCCCAGUCCCCGCUAGACGUCACCUGCGGUAACUGCCAGAGCAGCGGCUCAUGUGCCUGCGCUGAAGAGCUCAUGCAAAGUUCCAACGUCUUGAUGGGCUGCGGCGGAUGCACUCCCGAAGGAAGGUGUGCUUGUCUGGAGGAAUCCAUCCGCGUCUUGGCGGCCGCCGACCUCAAGAGGCCACUACCUCCCAGCUCGCCCUCGUUGGGUCCGGACGAGAAGAGGCAGCGCUCUGAUGCUGGCGUCGAGGACAUGCAGUUGGAGACUGACUUUACUGCCUUGUUCUCGUCCAAGAAGCCUGAGACAACCAUGACCCCCCUUCCAGCCCCUGCCCAGCAGCAGUCCCAGCCUAUAACCUCUGUCGAGAUGCACGAGUCGUGCGGGUUCUGCAAGGACGGGACUUACUGCGUGUGCGCCGAAUCCAUGGCCCUUUCGGCCGCCUCCAUGACCGUUGCCUCGGUGGUUCAGCAAGUUCAGAUGCACACACCGCCGCCAUCCGAGAACGAUGUCGUCCCCAUGCCUAUGGAAGUCACGGCUACGGGUGCUGUCAAGCUACCUAGCUUCGGUUCUCUUAACCGCGCCAACAACACCAACAAAGAUGCGCAAUCCAAGCUCCCCGUCAAGACCGGUGGCUGUGGUCCCGGUGGCCCCGGUACUUGCGCUCAGUGUCUAGCUGAUCCCAAGUCCGGCCUCUUCUGCCGCUCCCUUGCCGCCAACUUUGAGCGCAAUAGGCAACAGACUGACAGCAGCAGUAGCGCUGCUCCCCCGUCCGGGUGCUGCGGCGGCCGCGGUCCCGGCGGCGGAUGCUGCAAGACUGAGAAGCCCGACGACAACGAUGAUGUCGUCCCCAUCAACCUCAACCGCUACAAGACCGCCAAUCAACUACCUGCUCCCACACCACCCAACCCAUUCUCUUCCUCAUCUUCUUCCUCCAACAAUGUCGCUGCCAGUAACUUCGCACUCUCCCUCUCCUGCGCCGAGGCCUACAAGACUAUUGCCUCUCACCGGCACUUUGAGGAAGCAGCUGAUGACAUUGGCUCGUGGCUGCCCAAGCUGAGAGCGGUGCCUGCUAACCCACCGCCUCAUCGAGGCAGUUCCGGAUAUUACGGGGAUCUGUCGGUAUUUCUGGCGUUCGUUGGCCCGCCAAUCCUGUGGAUCAACGUCACUCAUCUAGGUCACAUCUUGCGACCGUUCCCGCAGCUCCCGCAGUUUCCAUCCAUCUUUAUCCCCUCAUGCCUUUUGGCUUGGUAUCUGCAGCCUUUGCCCAACGUCUUGAUCAUUCGCUUGCUGCCGGCCGAUAGACUGGUGGCCGAGUUGCAUUUAUUAUGCUUCACCUUUGUAAUUGAUGACAUUGCGUGUCGUCUUUUGUCAGUUUCGAUGAGACCAAUGCCAGUGUAUCGCGAUUUCCACCGAGGAAAGCUCUUUAUGGGUUACCCUCCUUUUCUUAGGUGA